AUGCGGCUUCUUUUCCAUUCCCCGCUUAUUCGGCGGACGGCGUACCAACGUGCUAUCCAUCCAGCAAUCCGCAACAUGAGCACUCCGCCCACUACUGAAGUGCUAUAUGCGCUGACCGUGGCGAAUUCCCCAGCUAGACCUAGCCCAGAGGAUGUUUUGAAGAAAAGCCAUCAUGCAAAGAAUGGAUUCAGAAACCCAUGGGAGUCUUUUCGCGAUAUGGACUCGAAAGAUAUCAUGCAAAUGAUGGUCUUUCGUCGACUCAACGGCAAAGCGAACACACCUGAUACCACUCCGCCGACCGUCACCGUUCGCAAGCCCGAAUUUCUUCCCAGCCGAGAUACCCCCAAGCUGCGCGCAACAUGGCUUGGACAUGCAUGCUAUUAUGUGGAGUUCCCAAGCGGCCUCCGAGUACUAUUUGACCCAGUAUUCGAAGCGCGUUGUGGGCCAUGCUGCGGGCCGUAUCAUAUCGGCCCGAAGCGCUAUACCGAGCCUCCAUGUCAGAUCAAGGAUAUCCCCGUAAUCGACGCGGUGGUCAUCUCCCACAACCAUUACGAUCAUCUGUCCUACCCAACUGUCUCGGAAAUUGCGAAAAGGCACCCCAAUUGCCACUUUUUUGCGCCACUAGGCAACAAGUCGUGGUUCCACGCCUCAGGCAUCCAAAAUGUAACAGAGCUGGAUUGGUGGGAUGAGCGUGAUAUUGAAAUGUCACCUAAGGAGGGAAAGGGCCCGCACGUUGAAGCAGUAGGCGGAGUUUCCACCACAGCAGAGAUCAAAGCGCGCAUCAGUUGUCUACCUUGUCAGCAUGUUACUGCCCGCAGUCCUUUUGAUAAAUAUAAGACACUAUGGGCUUCCUGGUCUAUUGAGUCCGGUGGUAGCAAGGUGUAUUUUGCUGGUGAUUCCGGCUACAGAGCAGUUAGCGAGCUACCAGAAGGAGAAGAUGAUUGGGAUCCAAAGUACAACUUCCCUAUAUGCCCUGCCUUCAAGCAGGUAGGUGAGUUCCGAGGACCAUUUGAUCUUGGCUUGAUCCCUAUUGGAGCAUAUGCUCCCCGUCAUAUUUUCAGUCCAGCACAUUCUGACCCACAUGAUGCUGUUCACAUUUUCAAAGAUACAAAGUGCAAAAAAGCCUUGGGCAUGCACUGGGGCACUUGGGUACUUACCGAAGAGGAUGUACUUGAGCCACCCAAGAAGCUCAAGGAGGCGCUGAAAAAAAAUGAUCUUGCUGAGACUGGUGUUUUUGAUGUGUGUGAUAUUGGGGAGAGCCGGGAGUUUUGA